AUGCUUGCACGGGAAGCCAGACCGAACUUUUUGGGUGCUGAGCUUACUGCUCGGAAGAAAACGUUGACGGACCAACUACCUGUGUGUCGCCGCGCAAGCAAUGCACAGGCGCCCUUUGAGAGAGAGAGAUUAGAUCAGUGCAGGAACAACAGCUUACCAGUGGGACUCGAGCCCAGGGUCGGCCUGGGGUAUGUGUUGGCCAACCAAGUGCUGCAGCGCGGCGGUAAAGCCAAUGACGGAAAGCGGUGGUGGUCAGUCCUUAGUAGCGAGCAUACGACCAGCAACCGAAACGUGCACUUAGGUCUACGCCUGCGUGUGGUGGCGUUGACCUGGUCCUCCCGAUCAUUCACCACGCUUCCUCAUUACCAAAGGAAAUUUUGGAGGACCAUAGAUCCUAUAACUGAUGAGGACAACACAAAGGAAAAGGAAUUCCAUUACUCUAAGCUGAAGAGGAAACAAGACAUUGACCAGAGAAGAAAAAGGAGAAAAAUUGAAUGGAUGACAAAAAUGUAUUAUGCAGGAAGCUUGCGGGUCAAAACAGAGGACCCUACCACCGCAAUCUUAAUUCAGAGAAGUGCAGAAGGCAUCGUCAAUGCUGUUGAGAAAGGAGGAACAGACAAUGUAAUGGAAUGGGAAGUGGAUGAACUGUUGGAAUGGACAAAUGCACUUAACUUUGAAGAAUAUAUUAGUCAGUGGAAAGAAAUUGCAACAAGCAACUCAUCAGCUAACUACCAGGGUUUCCAGUUUAUUGUAUCACAACAUGAUCUAUGUGAAUUCUCACAGCUAUCGCAUGGAAACAUCCAGGAAACACCAACCCCUAAUCCAUUACCUUUAAAUGAAACAGACUUCAAGUCAGGGACAUUUAUAACACCAUUAAACUCACCUUGUAAUCUCCCAAUGAGUAACAAUUCUGAAUGAUAAUUUUGCUCCUAUUCAUUAGAAUACUGUUUUGCUCUACUUCAAUUUGAUAUGAAAUGGAGCUAUAGUUUCAGCAGUUAGAGCUGACUAAACAAGAAAUCUGCAUGUAAAACACAAACGUCCUGCAUGAUUCUCUCCGCUAUAAAAACAAAUUACAACAGUAUCCAAAACUGGUUUGAAUCAGUCAUAAUAUGCUAAUAAUAACCUCCCUUACUUUUCUCCCUCUUCUAGAACACCUACAUUCUAUACAAUAAAAUUAUGCCAAAUGCUUCAGCAAAUAUUAUAGUGAUUUGUUCUUUCUAUAGAUUUUUUUCCAGCCUCUAAUAUAAAGUGGAUGCUUACAAUUGAUGCUUAUC